AUGAAGGUUGAUUUGAAAACAGCUUAUGAUACGAUGGAUUGGUUCUUAAUUAAGGAUAUGCUUAUUGCUCUUGGCUUUCCUCAUCACUUUGUGAAGAUUGUCUUCACUUGCAUAUCUACUGCUUCCUUUUCUUUGGUUGUCAAUGGUGUUCCUUUGCUAAGGCUUCAUGCUAAAAGGGGUCUUAGACAAGAGGACCCGAUGUCUUCUCUAUUAUUUGUUAUUGGGAUGGAAUAUCUCUCCAAGAAUCUGAAGUAUGCUAGUACUGAUCCUCUCUUCAAAUAUCACCCUAGAUGCAAAACUAUCAAGCUUAAUCAUCUUUCCAUCUACCUAGAUGGGGUUCCUAAGCAGCAGUAUAGGGACAUCCUUACUCAUACUUCUGUUCCUCUUGGUAAGCUUCCUUUUAAGUACUUAGGUGUUCCUUUGAAUUCUAAAAGCUUAUCAAUUGACGAUUGUGAGAAUUGGUAG